CUGCCAGUUGGGUCAGAUACAACCGAAUAGCUUCAUAGGGAGUUCGGUUCCAGUCCCUUUUCGGGGUGGGGGGGGCACGCAGAAUUUGUCUGCAGCGUUCUUAAAUCUAUAGAUGUCUGUGGAUAUAGGACCUGUCAAACUGUCAAGUUACUUUUCCCCCCUCCAUUUAAUUGAGUGCAUUCUCAAAGUCUUCGGAGCCGAUGUGAGAGCUGACUUAAUGCCUUUCUCAUUUUAUGGUGAAAGGUGAAGCAUGGCUUUGCGAGUGAUGGAACCCCAAAUGUUGGGCAUCCUGUUGAAUUUCCACCCAAUUCCUAUCAAACAUCAGAUUCCUCAGUUUGGGUUCCUUCUACAGAAUUGGGACAACUAGUCCCAAAUCAGUCUGAUUUAUCAGAAUAUCUAUCAGUGUACUUUAAAGCCUGGGCUUGUCAAGGCUUAUGUAAUCACUUUGUUAAUUUAUAAUCUUGUUACAUUGCUUUCCAGAUUUAUAAAAUCAUUCCCUUCAGGAAAUCUGUCUUCAACGUCUGCUUAAAUAUUUCUCUUGGAAUUGGAUUCCUGAAGAGGAAUGUACUGUACAAGUGGUGAUUAAAGCAUACUAAUUAGACAAGUGCCUUUUUAAAAAGAAGUAUUGAUUUUUUUAUCUGACUAUCGAAUUUUCCCUGUUAGGAAAGCAGAUGACAUUCCCAUUUUACAGAACUAGAUGUAAGAGAAAUUACGUGACAUUCCCAAGGUCAUGUAUGGAAGCAGUGUAGUAACUGCAAAUCAAGCGCACGGUGUUAACUUUUCUUAAUACUCCAUCUUCAAGGCUUUCUGGGCAGGAAUUUUGAGUGCCACCUUUCUGUUUUGUAUAUUUACACAAUCAGUUUUUUAUUUUAUUUUGUGCACAGAAAUUACUCUCACCUUAUUAAUUUUUUACUAUUUUGAGUGACUUUAUCGCAGGAGGACCCAUUCAUUUAAAACAUAUGAGAACUCAGCAGUUAUACGAAUUUUCAUUUUUCUAUAACAGUGAUAUAGGUGGGCCCUUAUAGUUCAAAUUUAAUGCCGUAAUUCUACAAUGAAGGCUUUUAACUGUCCUUAUUACGCCUGAAGGGCUUUGAUAUUUUUACUGGACACUAGAAAUACUAUUUGUCUAAAGUUUACUGUGGUUGUUUCAUAUGAAAGUGAAACUAAAUAGGAAAAAAAAAAAGGUGUUUAUUUUUGGAGAUAUCCAGCAGCCAUGGUUCUCAGCUUUGGUAUAAAUAAGGCAUGAUUUCUUCACCGUAGCAGCCUGUCUGAGCCUAGGAGCUCAUUGCACUGCCUGGGAAGAAAAGGGUACAGUGAACUUUCCACAUGGGCAGGAUUUUAGGAAUUAUAAGCAUAGGUAUGGAACCCCAAAGACUUGAUAUAACUGUAUGUCAUCUGUUUGCUUCACAACCAAAAGAUAGAGUCUUAGCCAACAUGCUUUUACAGGAAAACAAUUAUUGAGAAUGUAGGUACUUCCCAGCCUGCAUAUAGGUGCAGGUAAAUCCUUAAGAGCAACUUAGGUGGCAAUGUUGACUGGAUGGUAGCAGUUUUGAAUGCAAACUUAAUCUGUGAUCAUUUAUUUAUGGAGCCUUUGUGUGUCUAUUUUUGGGGCCCCAGGCUGGAGCGUAGCAAUGGAAAGGAGCUUACAGGCUACUGGGGACUCCAAGGUAAACAGUAACAGUAGCGACUGGUGAAUGCUUUGGUGAGGCACAAGCAAAUCCCCGUGGAAGCCCAGAGAUGGGGACAAGGAAUAUGACUUGGGAAUGCUUCAUAGAGGCGGUGACACUUGAGCUCUUGGAAGACAGAGGCCCUCUGUCCCGUGGGAAACCAUUGCUUGCUGGUGGUACGGGAGGAACCCAUCUAAAGAGGAUUUCUGCUCUGCCUUCCCUGAACAUUUAUUUCUCUGCUGUCACUUCCAGAGCCUCCCGAGAGUCUGCUUUGGCACCUCCAGCAUUUGGCCUCUGCUCAGGAGCAAGAAGCAACUAACACAACCGAGUAGUAACAAGGAGAGCCCAGUGUGCAGUUUGCAGGGUACGUGUGGGAGCCAGUACAAAGAUGUGCAUGGCGCCCCUGAAAAUGAAUUCCUCGUUUUCACCGGACGCUCGUAUAUGAGAAGGUCCAUUUCACACAGCCCACACAUUCUCCUUCGGCGGGGCCAGCAUGGCGGGGUUCAAGCGCGGGUAUGACGGAAAGAUCGCUGGCUUAUACGACCUGGAUAAAACCUUGGGCCGAGGGCACUUUGCAGUCGUUAAACUUGCCAGGCAUGUCUUCACAGGUGAAAAAGUGGCAGUAAAAGUGAUUGACAAGACAAAACUGGACACACUAGCCACUGGGCAUCUGUUCCAAGAGGUGCGGUGCAUGAAACUCGUGCAGCACCCCAACAUCGUGCGCCUCUAUGAAGUGAUCGACACCCAGACCAAACUGUACCUCAUCCUAGAACUCGGGGACGGGGGAGACAUGUUCGAUUACAUAAUGAAGCACGAGGAGGGGCUGAACGAAGACCUGGCCAAGAAGUACUUCGCGCAGGUUGUCCACGCCAUCUCCUACUGCCAUAAACUCCACGUGGUUCACAGGGACCUGAAGCCGGAGAACGUGGUCUUCUUCGAAAAACAAGGGCUCGUGAAGCUGACGGACUUCGGUUUCAGCAACAAGUUUCAGCCGGGGAAGAAGCUCACCACCAGCUGUGGGUCUCUUGCCUAUUCCGCUCCAGAAAUCCUGCUUGGCGACGAGUAUGAUGCCCCCGCAGUAGAUAUAUGGAGCCUGGGAGUGAUCCUUUUCAUGCUGGUGUGCGGGCAGCCCCCCUUCCAAGAGGCCAAUGACAGCGAAACGCUGACGAUGAUCAUGGAUUGUAAAUACACAGUCCCAUCCCACGUGUCGAAAGAGUGUAAAGACCUCAUCACCCGGAUGCUGCAGAGAGACCCCAAGAGGAGGGCCUCUUUGGAAGAGAUCGAAAACCACCCUUGGCUCCAGGGGGUGGACCCUUCACCAGCCACCAAGUACAACAUCCCCCUCGUGUCGUACAAGAACCUCUCGGAGGAGGAGCACAACAGCAUCAUCCAGCGCAUGGUGCUCGGGGACAUCGCGGAUCGCGACGCCAUCGUCGAAGCCCUGGAGACCAACAGGUACAACCACAUCACAGCCACGUACUUCCUGCUCGCUGAAAGGAUCCUGAGGGAAAAGCAAGAGAAGGAGAUACAAACCCGAUCUGCAAGCCCCAGCAACAUCAAGGCCCAGUUUAGGCAGUCAUGGCCAACCAAAAUCGAUGUGCCCCAGGACCUGGAGGACGACCUCACAGCCACUCCAUUGUCCCACGCGACUGUCCCUCAGUCCCCUGCGCGGGCUGCCGACAACGUCCUCAACGGCCACAGGAGCAAAGGCCUGUGCGACCCUGCGAAGAAAGACGACCUGCCCGAGCUGGCUGGCCCGGCCCUCGCCGCGGCGCCGCCCGCCAGCCUGAAACCCGCCGCCAGCGGGCGGAAGUGCCUGUUCCGGGUGGAAGAGGACGAGGAGGAGGACGAGGAGGACAAGAAACCCAUGUCCCUCUCCACGCAGGUGGUUCUGCGCCGGAAGCCCUCGGUGACCAACCGCCUGACCUCGAGGAAGAGCGCGCCGGUCCUGAACCAGAUCUUUGAGGAGGGGGAGUCGGACGACGAGUUCGACAUGGAUGAGAACCUGCCGCCCAAGCUGAGCAGGUUGAAGAUGAACAUCGCCUCCCCGGGGACGGUGCACAAGCGCUACCACCGCAGGAAAAGCCAGGGCCGCGGGUCCAGCUGCAGCAGCUCGGAGACCAGCGACGACGACUCGGAGAGCCGCCGGCGGCUCGACAAGGACAGCGGCUUCCCCUACUCCUGGCACCGCCGGGACAGCAGCGAGGGGCCGCCGGGCAGCGAGGGCGACGGCGGCGGCCAGAGCAAGCCGAGCCCCGGCGGCGGCGGCGCGGACAGGGCCAGCCCGGGCGAGGGCGGCGCGGGCGGGGGCGGCGCUUCGGGCGGCUCUGGUGGCGCCCCCGGCGGCACCUCGGGCAGCGCGCGCCGCUGCGCGGGCCCCACCAACUCCAGCGCCACGCAGCUGGCGGCGCGCAGCGCCGGGGAGCUGGUGCAGAGCCUCAAACUCAUGGGCCUGUGCCUGGGCUCCCAGCUCCACGGGGGCGCCAAGUACAUUAUCGACCCGCAGCACGGCCUGACCUUCUCCAGCGUCAAGGUCCAGGAGAAGUCCACGUGGAAAAUGUGCAUCAGCUCCGCAGGGAACGCGGGCCAGGCGCCCGCGGUGGGCGGCAUCAAGUUUUUUUCUGACCACGUGGCGGCCAGCACGGCUGAGUUAGAACGGAUAAAGAGCAAGAACCUGAAAAAUAACGUGCUCCAGCUACCUCUGUGUGAAAAGACCAUCUCUGUGAACAUCCAGCGGAACCCUAAGGAGGGGCUGCUGUGCGCCGCCAGCCAGGCCAGCUGCUGCCACGUCAUUUGACCGGGGGGGGCCAGGCCGCUGGACACUUCCUGCUACCUGCUCGGGGCGGUGAGGACCGCUCCCUUCACUGUUUCCUUUCCGGUUUUGCUCUUUUACAGCGGGCAAUUAUUUAUUACUUUUUCAUUUGUUCGCCUGGCGAUGUGACAAUGCAUGGUCUUUGUGCAUGCUGCUGCUAGACACUGCCUUUUCUUUUCCAGCCGAAAAGUCUAUUGUAUCAUUUCUACAUUCAUAAUUUUAAUGUGGAUGAUCAGGAGUAAAUUAAAAUGUCUAUUUGGAACCUACUAUAAGUGGAGCACUUAGAAAUUUGAUGUUCCGCACUUAACCUAGAGAGAGAAAAAAAAUGCUUUUGUUUCCUUGUUGAAAAAUCUAAAUUCCUGUCCUGACCUUCCUGUGACACGGAAACUCCGUGCUCUGAGGCACUCUGGUGUCCGAGACAGAACCAAAGCAAUAACGGUGUGACGCCGACAGGCCUGCGGCCUGCGCGGAGAGCGCGCCAGCGUCCGCACUGGAACCUCGCUCCGGGAUUUCAGCAUACCCACACCUGUAUGUCUUAAGCUAUAGUGCGAAAAAAGGUUUGGGCUCUUAAAAUGUAACUGAAAAAGUUAUUCUUGUUUUGUAAUAGGUGAGAUAAAGUACUUAGAUUUAUAAGGCAGCUUUCCCUCUCGUGGUACAUUACAAGCAGACAAUCUUCUUUUGUAACGUGAUAAAGUGAACUGAUGCUGUCUUAACUCUAGUGAUAGAGUGUGUGUCUGUUUAACAGAACAAAAUGAUGCUCUGUGUCAAUUCCUUGCUGUAGGGCACAGCCCAGGGUUUCCUGGAAAACCACGUAGAUAGAAGAAACUGUAGGGCCAACCAUGGAAGCAAAGGCACGCAGAGGUAGGCGGGGUCAAAGCCCCAUCAGUUUGGAAACCUGUCUGUGUGGCUUUUAUUUCUAGGGGUUUGGUAGUGAGGCUGUCUCUUUUGUUAUUUCCGUUUCACAUCCUUUAGCUCAAUUAUCUGUGAACAUUGGCUGAUAAAAAAUUCACACAAAAGGGUAGAAUCCACACAUACAGCAAACAAAAAUGCACAAAGCCUGCUUUGUUUGUAUUUGUUUGUUUUUUGCUGGAAGUGUUUUCACUUUGCCUUCCUGCCAAAACAAUAAUCAAAGAACUCUUGCUUUAAACUAUUCCUGUACAAAGACUACUUCUGAUCAGAUAAUCACCUUUCCUGACAUUUUAUUUGUAGGACACAGUAUAUUGCAGAUUGCUGAUCUUGGGAGGGGCCAGAUGCUACUUUGUUAUGCUGUGCCCUGGGGUCUUAAAAGCAUUGCUCAUCCACCUUCGUGACAGGACGUGGCUGGGCCCAGGGCCUUCCCACGCUCCUCCGCCUCCCGGGACGUCCGAGGCAAGAGCCUCCUGGUCACGGAGUGGGCAGAGCACCACAGGGCGGCGUUCCAUUGGUCACGGUUGCUCCAAGUAUACACUGAUCUUGCUACGUUAGUAUUCACAUACUCUACUCAGAACUCUGAAUUUCACUGUAUACUUACUAAGCUAAGUAAAGAUGAUACUUAAAAUACUUUUUACUUUCUAGACCUAGGCUAGAUAUGUUUUAAGCUAUAGCACUAGUUCAUUGUGAUAUUUAUAAUUGAAAGCUACAAGAAUAGAUGUGUGGGUGAAGCCAUAGAACACAUUUGCUUGAAAUUCUUGAGCAGGGAUCUUACAAAGGGCCAGAAAUAAGAUGUGUGGUUCACAUAGAUAGUGAGCGUAACAUCUGUAUUAAACGUAGGAGAGAAGUUUAUAAAGGGCAUUGGCAAUAAACUCUUUGUUGCAGCUGUUUUCCAAGUAAUGUAAAUACUUUUUCCUGUGAUUAUGUAUAGCCUUGGAAUGGCACCUUUUAACCCAUAUGUGUUUGGUUUUCAAUGGUUUUUUUAUAUUCAAAUGUAUAUAUGGUGCUCACUUUAGGAUCAGCAGUGUUGACCAUUUAUGCUGCAUUAGCUGUAUUAUAGCCUUAUUAGUUGUGUGUGGUUGGUUGAGCCUCCGGGUAUACAGAUGUCCGUCUGAGUGGCGUCUUACUCAUUUGUUCAUAAGUGAAUGGUUGUGCAUGUGUUGUAUGUCAUAGUGUGUUGUCACAUAAAAGGGAGGGAGCGAAUAACCAUUACAUUAAGAUAAUAUUGGACCAAACUACUUACUUGCUCUAAACAGUUUCUUGUACCCCUUAACCUGUCUUCAGAAGUUGCAUAGAGUUACAGUAGUGUGUAAAUUAAAUAUUGUGGACAAUUAGUCUUGUAUUUUUCUGUAUGUGUGUGUAUAUAUAUACAUAUAUGUGUAUAUAUAUAAAAAAUUAUGUACUUCUGGCAAUUCUAUCUGUAUUUAAAGAUGUGACAAUCUUGACACCGAUUUUCAGAAUAGCCGUGAGACUGAAUCAAAGGAAAGAUAUUCCGACGCGGUAAGAGUUGAUGUGUGUUAAGAGGGUACAGAACAGAAGUAUCAGCUGAUUUGGUCAGUUGCUUCCACUGCUGGUUGACUUUCCUCAUUGUGUAAACAUUGACAGGUAUGACAAAUGGGAAAGAAAUCCAAACAAUAAAGUGGCAUAUUGGUGUUCAGCAAUGUAAACCGUGUCCUGGGCUCUCUGUCUUCUCACCGAUGCAGCCUCGUCUGUCGUCCCAGCCCGGGUGAGACGCAGCCUCCCGCGUGCUGCGCCCCUGCAUCACCCCACG